AUGGGAAGCUCAUCCCCGCCCCAAGUAGGCAUUAGAACCCCAGAGAACUUCAUGACUCCGGCCCUGUACGGGAAGCUCAUCUCCGACCCAACCCUGCAGGUUUUAUUGCACCCAUUUCACAGAUUAGGUAACCAAGGUUCUCAGCGGUUAAAAACUCGUUCAAGAUGCCAAGGCUCUAUGGUGAAUGGUUUGAUGCCAAAGCCAACACGGUUAGCACCAGCCCACCUUCUAGCCCCUCAAGGCCACUUAAUUCUCUCCACCCUCUGUCAUGUGAUCUUGUUUUCUAUCCUUGACCCAGAGCACAUGUUCUGUGUAGCUCAUGUGAGUACAGAUUGCAAACUCAAUCGUGGAAGCGUCGAGAGGCACAAGAAGGGGAAGCAUCUUAGGACAGUCAGUGCGGGCUGGUAA